AUGGAAUCGAUCUCUAUGAUGAGAAGCCCUAAGAGCCUUAGUGAAACUUUUUUGCCUAAUGGCAUAAAUGGUACCAAAGAUGCAAGGAAGGUCACUGUAGGUGUAAUUGGAAGUGGGGAUUUUGCCAAGUCCUUGACUAUCUGACUUAUUAGACAUGGCUAUCAUGUGGUCAUAGGAAGCAAAAAACCUAAGUUUGCUUCUGAAUUUUUUCUUCAUGUGGUAGAUGUCACUCAUCAUGAAGAUGCUCUAACAAAAACAAAUAUAAUAUUUGUUGCUAUAUAUAGAGAACAUUACACCUCCCUGUGGGACCUGAGACAUAUGCUUGUUGGUAAAAUUCUGAUUGAUGUUAGCAAUAACAUGAAGAUAAACCAAUACCCAGAAUCCAAUGCUGAAUAUUUAGCCUCAUUAUUCCCAGAUUCCUUGGUUGUCAAAGGACUUAAUGUUGUCCCAGCUUGGGCACCUCAGUUAGUACCUAAGGAUGCAAGCCGGCAGGUUUAUAUAUGCAGCAACAACAUUCAGGCUCAGCAACAGGUUACUGAACUUGCUCGUCAGUUGAAUUUCAUUCCAGUUGACCUGGGAUCACUAUCAUCAGCCAGAGAGACUGAAAAUUUACUCUUGAAACUAUUUACUCUCUGGAGAGGGCCAGUGGUACUAGCCAUAAGCCUGGCCACAUUUUUCUUCCUUUAUUCCUUUGCCAGAGAUGUGAUACAUCCAUAUGUAAGAAACCAGCAGAGCGACUUUUACAAGAUUCCUAUUGAGAUUGUGAAUAAAACCUUGCCCAUAGUUGCCAUUACUUUGCUUUCCUUGGUAUACCUAGCUGGUCUCCUGGCGGCCGCUUAUCAGCUGUAUUAUGGCACCAAGUAUAGGAGAUUUCCACCUUGGUUGGAGACCUGGUUACAAUGUAGAAAACAGCUUGGAUUACUAAGUAUUUUCUUUGCUGCCGUCCAUGUUGUCUAUAGCCUCUGCUUACCAAUGAGAAGGUCGGAGAGAUACUUGUUUCUCAAUAUGCCUUAUCAACAGGCUCAUGCAAAUAUUGAAAACUCUUGGAAUGAGGAAGAAGUUUGGAGAAUUGAAAUGUAUAUCUCCUUUGGCAUAAUGAGCCUUGGCUUACUAUCCCUACUGGCACCCACCUCUGUCCCUUCUGUGAGCAAUGCUUCAAACUGGAGAAAAUUCAGUUUUAUUCAGUCUAUGCUUGGAUAUGUUGUUCUGCUCAUAAGUACUUUCAAUGUUUUAAUUUAUGGAUGGAAAACAGCUUUUGAAGAGGAGUACUACAGGUUUUAUAUACCACCAAACUUUGUUCUUGCUCUUGUUUUGCCCUCAAUUGUAAUUCUGGGUAAGAUCAUUUUACUCCUUCCAUGUAUAAGCCAAAAGCUCAAAAGAAUUAAAAUAGGCUGAAAGAGCCAAUUUCUAGAAGAAGGUAUUGGAGGAACAAUUCCCCAUCUCUCACCAGAGAGGGUUACUGUAAUGUGA